AUGGGAGGAAACUUUGUUGUUGCCAUAAGUAGAAAAAGAAAACACGAAGACGACGGUGAACAUCAAUUGGCUAGAAGGUGCUCUCGAUUAGAAGGGAGCAGUAGCCGAAGUUGUAUGUCGGGGUCUUCCGAGUUUGAGUCAUCCGAAGUUGUCGUCGAUGGGAGAAUUACUAUCAAAGAUUAUGUUAGUCGAGGUUUCACGAAACCAAAAUUUAAAAUUAAUCUUCUUCCUUACCACAAGGAAUUGGAUAAGUGGGCUGAUGAGCAGCUUACUCAUCUUCUAAGUGGCAUUAACAGUUCCAUAUUAAUCGACGAACCCGUUCCUGCAUUAUAUAACUAUAUGCUUUAUAUGGCUGAAUACAUCGAUCAUUUUGGUUUAAGAUUCACAUAUACUCAACAUAUCAAGCUUGUCAAGCUUUUCUAUUUGAUCUUUACCAAAGAGAAUCAGUGGCAUGAAGUAAUCCAUCUGAGUGCCCAGGUUUUAGAAAAACUCAUUCGUGGAUCUCGUCUCUGUAGAAAAGAUCUUGAAUUGGACUGGAAGCCAGUCUAUAAUGUUUACUAUGAAGCUAAAUACGGAAAAGCUGAGGAGGUUGAACCUGAGAAAAUUGGUACGGCCACAUGGAAAUUGAACAGAUUUUAUCCGCUAACAGCUACUAAAGAAAUUUGGGAGAAGUUGCAAGUUCAUAUCUCACCUCGAUACUCCAACAAAAUUUUUUCCAACCUGUGUCUCAUAUUCCUACCCACGAACUUGACUGCUGAGGAACAUCAUAAGUUCGGCGCGGCUUUAUGGUGGGAAACUACUUGGGGAUUUUACUCCGUUGUUGAAAUGGGACACUUUUGGGGGGAUGAGUUUCCUAUGCUAUUCUCCUAUUUGCACUACAAUUCUCCUGACUUCAUGGAUUUCACGUUGUUAUAUGAUGACACUUUCACUAGAAUCCUGAGAAGCAUGGGAUUGUCAAUGAGAAAAGGAAAGAUUGUGAUUGGAGAUGGUGGAGGUAUGCAAAACAUCGACACAUAUGCUCACUGGGUGUCUAAUUGGCUUGGAGGACCAAAAUCAUGUCAACCACAACUAGCCCGUUUAAUGAAAUGCUUGGAACCUUUUCUCCAUCCUUCAAAUGCUGGUGAUCAUACUAAUAUCAUUCUGCUGUUCAUGCAGUGCAUGUGUGAUCGCUUAGUUAAAAGAGUUUACGAAGAGAGGAUAAAGAAGCAUAAGAGAGAGUGCCCUGAAAAAUAUUAUUUGUCGGAUGAUGACAUUUCACAGUUUGUUGAUGUUUUGCUUCCACCUACCUUAACUGCAUUAUACAACGGAGAUGAUCUGAAGAUGUGCACGAAGGUUGUAAUGAUGUUGGCUUCAUUGGAUCCUGGAGCAGUCAUUCCCAAGUUCCUAGAACACACUUACCCAGCUCUAAAUGCCGUGUGUGAGCCUCAUCGUCUUAUACAAACCUUAGAUUGUUUGAUAGAGUUAGCUUUCCAAUUAGCUGUUGAUACUCUACCUGAGAGAAAGAAGGCAUCUAUCGAUGGCAACUGGAUGGCUGAGCUCGAAAAAAUUCGGGACAUGUCAGCUAUUCGCUACCACCGAUCGGCUUCUUUGUCAUUCAGAGAAAAGCAAGUUAAGAGUCAACAUUUCCUUACUCUACGUCAUCACUUGAUAAAUCUGAUGGAAGCUUUGGUCGUAGCCAUAGAUAUCAAUGAUGUUGAGAAAACUACUGUAGGAUUGGAGAAUCUCAUUAUGAUCUUCUAUUUGGUUCCUAUUAUUGAUGCCUCACCUUGCAUUGUAAUCUGGAAAGAUUUGACUGAAGAUGAAAAACAAUUGUGUGAGCUCACAGGAAGGCUACCAUUGAUAGCUUCGCAAGUUAUGAACAAAAUCUUGCAAAUUGUUGGAAGUUUGGCUGUAUGUGCUCCAAAAGACACGAUGGAGUUUGUCGGGGGUCUCAAAGACGAAGCCACUAAAACAGGAGAAGAAGAAAAAGCACUAAGAAAGGUUAUAGACCGUUGUGUAUCUGUGCUUCUUGCCAACUCUUCAGCAGAUAUAGCCGAGGAGCUUAUUGAGAAAGUCUAUCACUUCAUGAGCACAAAUCAGUUUGAAUCGUCCAUUGCUACCGAAAUCGCUGCUGGAAUUGUUGCGCAAGUUGUUUUUGUCCGACCACAGUUUUGGAGAAAGUUCGCAGAGCUUGUUCAUCGAAAGCUUAAAGUCGUUCUCACCCCGGAAGUUCGAAAACAAAGAGACGUUGACUCUGUAGUUCUAUGGUAUAUAAAUUUAGGAUCAAGUAUUUUCUGUACUACUAGCGAGAUAUUCGUUAAGAACAAGGACUUGUGUAACGAAAUCAUUACACUCCUUUUAGAGUGUGAAAGUAAAGUUGCUCACGAGACUGCCGUGAACUGCUUAUGGUAUUCUCUUUUCAUGCUUUCGAGAACGUAUCCGCUUCAACAACACGUUAUCGGAAAGUCUUUGAACCGACCCUUAACUGAGUGGGUUCCAAUUAGAGAAUGGGCUGAAGUAUUCCAAGAGCAUGAAGUCGAGAUGUUAUGGCACGUCCCUAGCGAGCAGUAUAAGCAAGUAGUUACAGAAUUACUUCAGAAGUUUAUGUUCCCUUAUAUGGAACUUCUUCAAGAUCAUAACCUAGACACAUUUGCAAUGCGGAAGUAUCUCAAUCAAGUAAGCAUUUGCCUGUGCGGUGCUAUACCUUGUCUACCCAUGCCGGACUCAGGAAAAGGAGAGUCUGUGAAUCCGGGGCCAUCAGUUGUUCCUUGUCCAAAAAGAGGUCCAACAGGAUUCACUAACAAGCAAUUCGAAAUUUCUUACACGGAUGGCCGAAAUGUCCGCGAAGUUCUGUUGGAAAUAUUAGAAGAUAUCGUCGACCGCCUGGCCAACUCUAAAGAUGAUCACCAAGCUUUGAAUACCAUUACUGCUUUCUUAAGAGCUUUAAUAGACGAAAAAAGCAUCGAUUCAGGAGAGCUCAAUAGUGUUACAAGCAGAACUACCGAUGUCUUCUCCAACUUGAGCGAUCCAUGCAUGUACGGGAAACGUCUUACUCUUAGCUCCAUGGAGUCUUAUGUUCACACAAUUCAUCUGAAUUUUGUUUGUCGAGAGCAAAACUAUCCAUACUCUCAUUACCAAAAGAGGAUUAUGCAUUUACUUCUGAAACUUGCUGUCAAUGAUUACCCAGACGUUCGAGUGUCUGCAAAGACUGAGCUGAACAAUAUGUUGAAUGAUUAUCCACAAGCGAAAGAACAACUCAUCGAAGAUAUCGUCGCAAUUUUAGAAAAUCCUGACAGUCCCGAAGAGAGAUUAAAAGGAGCUUUGAACGUUGUCCGAGAUAACAGAUGGGCUUGUACUGGAAAUAUCAAAUCAAGAUGCAUUUUAUGGAAAGCACUCAUAAGCAUGAAGAUGAGUGAACGUCCUUUCUUCGUGGAAACUAUGGAUGCUAUUUGGGGACAGAUUGGAACUCUCACAACUCCAACGAGAAAGCCAGCUGUGGUAGGAGAGUUGACGGAGUACGUACAGCAGUGGUGGGAUGAACUGCCUAAAAUAGGCGUUUGGAAGGCAUUAGAUUCCAAGGAAAAAAUAGAAGAUGCCAUUGCUCUGAAGAAAGAGCGCAAAAAACAAAGAAAAGAAACACAGGAAAAGCUAGUUAAGACUCUGCUUGAGAUUUUUGAAAAAUCGGGUACCCUUCAUCAUACUCGCGCAAAGCUGUGUAGAACUAUGUUAUGGAGAUGUCAAAGACAGAAUGCGAAAGUAGACACUAUCAGGAUCUUACUGAAUAAAAUGGUAGACGACGAAGAAUAUCUGAGAAGUCGCUGUGCUGAUGAACUAUCCUUUUGGCUUAAGAAGAACAAACCGAAAACCAUUCGUAUGGAGUGGGAGUGUCCGAAAAGGCCAGAGAAUUGUCACAUGCUGCUAUGUGGGCUACGUAAAGACAAUCUGUGUGUAGCGUAUGAUUCGGAAAAUCUUCCUGAUACUGAAGAGAAAUGGAACAAAACAGUUUUCUUCACUAGACAGCAUGGAUGCUAUAAGUGGCCCAAGUCUGUCAGUGUAGUUACAUAUGCCAGCAACAAAGUUCUCGAUAGAGAAGAGCUCACACCAGAAGAAGAAACUAUUGUAGGAUGGUUUGAAAAAACAGCCAAUGUUGAGAAAUGGGUGCAGCUCAUGUUAGUUCAGAAGAAGGAUGAUAUUGCGCUUGCCGACAGUACCUGGUGGAUGGUCAAGUAUCUACUGAGAAAUUUCCCUGGUAGCGAAAAGAUUUUUGAGAACUUCUUGGGGGCUCUGAAAUCGCUCAUGAAAUCUAAAGAGAGAGCUAAGCAGAGGCUAGCAGCCGAACUAUUUCUGGGUAUCGCCAAAGGAACCAAGUACUUCUCUUUCAAGAAGUUAGAUGAAAUGUGGAAAUGGCUAGCUCCUGCAGUGGAUCACUUAUAUGACAUCAUGAACAAUGAAGCCGAAUAUGCUUGGCUAAAUUCCCUCGCUAGACUUUUCACAAAAGAAGACCCUCGCAGAUACUGGUGGCUCAUUGAACAACUUAUCGUGGGUAUGAGUCGACCUUCACCUACCCCGUGGCAUCAAGCAAUGCGAUCUGAAGUCAUCAUCGCAAACAAGUGGCGUGAUAUAGAGAUCCGCAAACGUAUGUGUGAGAUCUCUUGGGAGCAGUUACCGGUCGCUACGACUGAAGUACAGAGAAAUGCUGUUUCCACAACUUUGAAGCACAUCUGUACUCUGUACGACACCAAUCUCUGCAACGAUUUCGAUGGCAUACCUGAGCGCUUCCAAUUACGUGGGACAGACUUUUGGUUGGAAAGAUUUGAAAAAAUGAUCAACUGUCUUGAUGAAUCGCAUCUAACUUCUAGUACAUCUAUGAUAGAUGCAACUACUUUUGAAAAAGAGCAUGAAUCGCCUCUUGGCUUAAGAAGUCAUAGCCAGCAAGAUCUCAGUUUUGACGAGGAUCGCGAGAGACGAUCAUUAAUUUAUCUCCGUACUCUCAUCGAGUUUCUGCUACAGUAUUAUGAAGAUUGUAUGACGAGCUUGACUCCUGGUAUAGUAGCCAAGUUCCCAAUGUUGGUCAACCAUGCUAAUGAAGACGAGUCAGAAGACCAGUCAACAUUUAGAGAUUUUGAUAUUAAACAGAAUGCUUCGCUUCUAGUUCAUGAUUAUAUGGGUAGUUUAUUAUUAUCUGAAAAGUAUGCAGAUGAUUUUCUGAAUACAGUUAUAAAUUCAUUCUAUUCUUCUUGCCAAUGGCGAGUAAAGGUUUCGGUUCUAAAGUAUAUCCAAGUUCUUGUAUUCUCUAACGUUUUUGUAUGUGAGAAAAACAAAAGAAGAGAAUUGGUUACUGAUUUCCUCUUCAAGGCUCUCACGGAUGUACAGAACGAAGUAAGGCAUGAAGCCUACCAGUGCUUGCUUUCUUUAGCUCAUUGUGAAUACAUAAAAUUAGAUAGUGUAGUGGUGCAACGUCUUCAUGAAUUAAACUCACAUACUGAACGAAGAUUCCAACAUGGAGCAGUUCUCGGUUAUGCUGCUCUGGUCAUGGCUUUCCCAUAUUCGACCCCCAAGGGGAUUAUACCAAUAAUUCAAGAGCUCUGCAGGGUAACAUCCAAGAAUGCCGAAAUUCAGUCUACGGCCACCAGCGCCUUACGUGAGUUCCGUAGGAGUCAUCGUGAUGAAUGGGAGAAGACUAGUCGAAUACUCGGUCCACAAUUAGUUUAUCAAAUUGAAAAUGCUAUUGCUCCUCUUUAUUACGUGUAA